AUGAUUUACUGGAAUAACAUUUCGGUUCGUUAUCCAAACAAUACCUUGUGUGAAAAUAACGGAGAAAGGAGAGGAUGGAGUCGAACAUCGCCUGCGGAUAGAUUUCAUUCCAGGCAAUCGGUUAGAGACAGUUCUGUGCGUACGAUCUUUGGCUUCGGAAACUUGGUAGAUGCUGCUACAUUUCAGAACAGCUGCUAUACUGAUAAAUAUUUAUUUGACACACGCCUGUGGGGCGAGAUGGCUCACUGGUUAGAGCGCGAGUUUCCUGACCAGAAGGUCUGUGAUUCGAACCCGACCUCUGCGUCUCGACUUCCCCUGUCAAGACUUGGGCAACCUGACAGUAUCUCAGCCCUCGUGCUUCUUUCAGGUGGCAUGGCAGCUGGGCACCGAAAGGGUGUUGCGGUUGAACGACUACACACGUUUGUGCCAACAAUGUCACCACCAGUUCUCUCUCGACAAUGCACAUUGGUUUCAGCUGCUACAGUUUCGAUCACCGAAAAACGGGGAAGUGGAACAUGCAACCAAGCCUUGGAGGGGAAGGCAUGUUUGGUUCACACACUGGAGUUGGGUUUGGCUUAA